AUGUCUGCGAACGAGAUACCUGACGAGCUAUGGAGGAAGAUACUAGAGAUUGGUGUAAAGUCGUCGACUUUAUCUUACAAAGAUCUCUGUUGCAUCUCAAUCUCCUCUCGCCGACUCUGCCGAUUGUCCUCCGAUGAUUCCCUCUGGCUUCUUCUUCUCUUCAUUGAUUUCCCCAAACACAUCGACUCUUCUUCUUCCUGUUCUCAAUCUCCCGCCAAGUUUAUCUAUAGGACAAGGUUUGAGAGGGAGAAGGAGAGGAAAGUAGCGGCACAUAGAAGAGCUUUAUUGAGGAAAGAGAGUGAGAUUUCGGAAUGGGGAAGGAGGAUUCGUGAAUUGGAGACUCGAUUAUCAGAGGAAGCAGAGAGAUUUCAGGCUACUUCUGUGGAAUUUUCAAAUUUGCAGAAAAUCAGGCAAGCAUCAGUAGCAUUGAACGUUUGGCAGCCAGAGGUUGUACGUGGUAGACAAAGACAAAUGGUUGAGCAAAGCGCUGUUCCUGUUGAAGGUCGAUUGCGUGCGCUUGAGAUGGAGAUGAAGUUAUGCAAACAGCAAAUCAUGGGUGUGAAUCGGGCACUUAGGGAGGUAAAACGUCGAUUUGACAUGGCUAAAAAAGAGCUAGAAUCCAUGAAGUAUCAUCCUUUACGAGAUUAUAAGUCGAUACGUAGUGGAGAUCAAGCAAGUAAUGGGAAGAGGAAGAAACUGAAAACAAGCAUUAUCUGCUUUUCUCCAUGA